UUCUCUGAAACGUAACCUACAUUUAGCAACAACAUUCAGAGUGCACUGGAUCGAGUAUUGUUGAAAAACAAUCGAGCGUGUUUCAUUCGCGACUCACCUUUGUUGAGAGAGACAGGUGAUGUGAGUCCGUUUUUGAAAAUGUGAUCGCGUUUUUUCGAAAAGUGACUUUUUCGCUUUCCGCGGUGAUGUGAAUGUACUGAAGCGAUUUUCCAACAGUUACCAAUGACGAUUUCCGAAAUUAGUGGUCAAUCUCUUGAAGGCGACCGUAAUUAGUGAGAGUUGUGGUUUUGGAGGUUCGAUGUUUUUUGGAUUAUUCUUAUUUUUGCGAAUUCCAUAGGAACAAGGAACUUGAAAUGAUUCGAUAUUCCAACGAACAACUAGCGACAAUAAUAGCGUUACCAACAAUCACAAUUCUCCUCAUAUGGACAAUCGCCAUUUUCCACAAGAAUAGAGAAAAAUGGGGCCCUUACGACAUCCCAAUAGUUUCGGUCUUGGUUCUUUCCGUCCUCAGAAAUAUAACCGUCAUUUCUUACCUGCUAAUCAAUACACUGGGAAACCCUGAGAGUUUCAGUUUAGAGUACUGCAGUGUGGUGGUGUGGGUUUUCAAUUCGAUUCACACCUUCCAGGCCAGCUCUCUAACAACAAUUGCUGUCAUAGGGUUGUUUUCCGUUAGAUUGCACCGAAAACAACAGAAUCUGAAGCAUUUCCUCACCCCUACUCACAUUAUUUACCACUUAUUCUGUUUGACCACUCUAUGCGCUUGUGUAGGCGUGGCUGCUAUUUUGGGCCAAAACGAGUCUGACAUCGCUUUUGCAAAUAUAUCAUCUUAUUUCCAAUGCAAGUUUAUGCCGUUCAAUUUGGACAUAAAAUUCAACGUCUUCAUAUUAGUUUUACACUUGUUCCUGGCUGUGAUAUCGUUUUCUAGCUUCUUAAUUAUCUGCUUCAAUUUCUUCAAAGCGAAGAGAAGGAAUUUUGAGUAUCUCAAAAAGUCCAACUCUGACUUGAGCGAUCUGAGCGUAGGCAAUACUCUAAACAAUGAUCAGACUAAAAAUUAUUACGACACUUACACCAUACAGCGUGUUAACCAUAACAUCGACAAUAAUUUCUAUGAUGCUAACCAACCCCAGCACCAUACUCAAAAUGGUUUUUGCCGCAAUAGGGACAUCAACUGGAAUUCGGAUCUGUCCAAUUUGUCAACCACGGUGAGUUCUACCAAUUCCAGGAGGCCGUGUUUGAUACAGAAUAUACAAAUGCAAGGAAAGGAGAAACCAGAAGAAAACAGAACUGGAUUGGAGACCAUACACCCGGUUCUAAUUGUUUGCUAUCUCUUCUACCAUCUACCUUUGAUCGUUCUCUGCAUCUACCCCUACCUGAUUCACCCGUGGCCUGUGUCUGGUAUAGCUUUAUGGUUAGGACUGAUACAAGACCUCUUGAUUCCUAUAGGCUUGGGAAUAGUUGACUCUAGAUUUUGCAAAUGGGUUUCCAGUGUAUACAGAUGUUCGGGGAAUAGUGUCGAAGAAAAACUACCACAUGUUGGUCUGGAUGGUAAAUUCAGACCCUUUGGUACAUCAAGCCAGCCACAAAGUUUGGAUACUACGGAUUCUGACAGAAAUAGAGUAUUUCAAGCGGUCGAACAUAGAUUUCCAAUAACCAAUGGUUCACUUUAUACUAGCAUCGAUGGAAGAUUGCCUGUGAUACACAAUUACAGAAGAAAUAGAGACAACAAAGGUACUAAACAAACCGACAAACAGUCCCCCACCGUCGCCUUCCUGUCUCCUCAUCUGGCCCGCCAAGACUAUAAUGAUCCCUCCGGUAAAUUUCCGUCAUGCAGCAACUGCGAAGCUGACUUAUGUCCCAGCCACUCCAACCUACACCAUCUAAGCCCGCAGUACAUCAACAAACAACUGAAUCUCCUGCAGCACAGCCACAACCUGAUGCUGACCAAAAGAUCCACGCCGGAAAUGAGGAUGGCUCACAGUCAGGAAUCGUUGAAUUUCAUUCCGGAGUUGCAGAAUAGGCAAUUGUUUUGCAGGAAUUCAGAUUUGGGUUUGAAUUCUGGAAACAAUCUGGUCAUGAAGAGUUCGAGGAAUUUGCUAAGACUGAACAAGAUGAGGCUGAGUCGGAGCGAGGACAGUUUGAAUGAACUGCAAGUGAGGGAGUUGGGCAACAUCAUCCACCUCAGCCGGCAGAAGACUUCUGAAUCAAACAAGCUUACCCCACAGCAUCAACAGUCCAAUAAAACCUUCACAAGAGUUGAAGUAAACACUCGUAACGAAUACUCAAGCUCCGACGACGAUUACCUGACCGAUAUCAACGAUACCAACAACAACAACGAUCGACUCGACUCCAUGAGCCUUCAGAGUUGCUGUUCCAUCACCACAGAAGCCAACUGCGACUUUGAGUUUUACCAGAACAACCAGCAGCGGUCUGGCGAUAUUCCUCGAAUCGAUACCUGCAACUCGGCCGACAACAGCAACGAGUUUUUCGUUAUUCACAACGUGAACAACAGGCCGGUGAUGACAUCGUUCAAGCCUGUACCUCCACCUAGGAUGAGCUCGCAAACUGAAUUGGACAGAAACUUUCGGAUAACGAGGUCUAAUUCGAAAAGGUCUCUAGAGAACUUCCAGGCCUUCAUCGAAGUUGAACAUAAAAAUCUCGACAACAAUUUGAAGAGGUCGAAUUCGUUCAUGACCUUGGAAGAUAGGUACAAGAGCAGUAGCAACGAGAAGAAUAUCAUGGCAAGCCCGAAAAUAACAGAUUCUUCCCGCCAUUUCAACAAUUUUCGACCGAAAAUUAAAUCCGUUGAGUACUUACCAGACUCUAACACAAGUACUGUUUUCAUCGAAGACGCGAAUAGUAAUAACAUAUAUUUCAGAGAGGAAGUGCUCCGAAAAAGUAACGAUAAGUGUGUUAGCAGUGUUCCGGAUUUGCAAAGAGUUUUUGUAUCUGAAUAUAUCUGAAACGCUGUUUUUGGCGUAAACCAUAAUUGUAUAUAUAGAAUGAAGGAUACUUUAUAUAUUAAAGUUGUUUGUACACCC